AUGUUCUUCAUUUGGCUUCCCAUUUUCUUAUCUCUUCUAUUACAACAAGCUAUUUCCCAAGUGGCAUUAAUUUUAGAAGAUUGGAGUGAGUGGAAUGAAUGCUCGGAUUCAUGCGGUGGAUGUGGCAUGCAAAAUCGUACGCUAAUCUUACUAAAUGGUACGUAUAUCGUACAUGCCCGACACUGUAACACAAAACCGUGUGUAAAUGAAGAACCAUGUUGUAAACCAUUUAAAUUUAUAAAAGGAAAAUGCUUGAUCUCCGAAAAAAUUCAAAAUGAUGAAUCGAAAUUUAACGAUUCACAAAAUCAAAUAGAGGAGGCAGUACUAGCUUGGAAUAGUAUAAAAGAAGAUCAUAAGCAAUCUGACGAUCCACAAGAACUAAAGAAGGAAGCAGUAUAUGCUUGGAACAAUAUUAAACAACUGCAAUCUCCUGAUAACAAAAACAUUAGCAAUGUAAAUCCGAAUGAAACCAGUAAAAUCAGUAGUGAUUUGAAUGGUACUAGAGAUGGAGAUGAUGUUGUUGAGGGUAGUGGAGAAAUUGAUAAUGAAAUGGAUAGCAAAACAAAUAAGACUGAAAUUCUCAACUUGUAUAUUAAAAAUACGGAUGCAUCAAGCGUUCCAAAGAAGAAAAAGAUUAGCAGUGGAAAAGGUUAUAAUCGGAAAGACUACAAACAACGACAGCGACGCUAUCGACAGCAUCUUACACGAGUGGUCCCAAAACCACAAAAUGCUGAGAAAUCUGAAAAAUCCGCCAAAAUGUUUGAUAGCAUUUAUGAAUACGAUUACUACGAUUACUAUUACUAUUAUUAA